GAGUUUCGGACAAUCCCCGUUUUCUGUCGCACGCACUUGCAUUGAUAAGGACGUCGGAGUGAAUGCUCGAUUGAAGCUCAGAAAUACUAGAUUCCAAGGUGUGCCACGCUCCUGGGACAACGGCUUUCAUUUCUCACCCUCCUUGCCUGGACCGAGAUAUGCUUUGGAUGGCAACAUUUUAUGUGCUGCAUUCUGCUCGCUGCAGGCACACAUGCACACAGGCACACAUGCACAAACUCAGGGGCAUUUGAAUCAAUCGAUUGAGUCGUUCUUUGGUGCCAGGCCGUGCCUGCAUAACUCCCCAACGUAUAGUCUGGUUGGAGGCGUGGCGUGCUUCGAAACUUGCACACAAAUACUGCACUCUUGCUACGAUUAAUCUGCGAGAGGAUGAGUAUCUCCGUGCCGACUACCUUACACACCUAGCAGGAGUACAAUUCCCAAGUUUCAAAUGUCAUUCGUAAUUCCACGCCACCUUACACAGGGGCAACUUGUCGACCGUGAUUAGGAGCUAUCCGUCUUGUAUCCUUCCGUUGAUAUGCCCAUUCCGACAGUAUCUCUCAAAUUACAAGCUAAUUUCAUGCCGUAAAAGCUUCAGGAUAAAAGUCCAUCGCCUGAUUUAUGAAGCACAUGCAUGUCGUCUCGGUUUGUGUCAUCCGAUUUUUAAGGCCGAGGAUUUUUGGCAAUUAUCACAUCUCAUAUCAUUGAGACUCGCGAGCCGUCUCACCUCCCCAGAGAAUUCAUCAUUGUUUUCGACAUCCAGAUUGAUUUCAGCAACCUGAGGUGUCAAAGGCCUUUUCUGUGAUGGUUGACCCCGCCAUGAAAAUGGAGAAAGUUUACGCAACCACAAGUUCGACCAUUGUACCUCUUUUAAUGAGACCCAAAGAGACGAGAAAGUUCCCGAAUAAAGCCUUUGACAACUUUCGUAGCAAUGCCCAGCAAGGUGUAGGGCCUACUGUUUUCGUUGGUACAAAUGGAAGAAAGUACAACGAUAAAGCUGCGGCUUCAAAUAUAGCCAACACACACUUGGUCAGGAUCUUAAAGGGCCGCCAUUUGCAGAUGUUAGCUAUUGGAGGGUCCAUAGGCACUGGUUUGUUCGUAAGCUCUGGGGCAGCACUAGCCAUCGGAGGCCCUGGCUCUCUUCUCAUUGCAUAUCUUUUGAUGGGUGGAAUGUUGUUCUGUACCGUGCAAGCGCUAGGAGAAAUGGCGGUUACCUUCCCAGUUGCCGGUUCCUUCUCAACAUUUGCUACUAGGUUCAUAGAUCCAGCUUGGGGCUUUGCAACGGGCUGGAACUAUGCAAUCCAAUGUCUCGUCAUCAUGCCAGUAGAGAUCAUCGCUGCAGCAAUCACUCUCGAAUACUGGAGCACUUCAAUACCGACUUGGGCUAGUAUCACAAUCUUUCUAGUCGCUGUUAUCUUCAUCAGUCUUUGCGGGAUCAAAACUUUUGGUGAGGCAGAGUAUGCCUUUUCCAUAUUGAAAGUCACGGCUAUAAUAGGCUUCAUUAUUCUUGGCGCAGUAAUAAAUUGCACGGGAACUCCUGAAACAGGGUAUAUAGGGGGUAUGUAUUGGAGAAAUCCAGGGGCUUUCAAUUAUGGGUUCAAGGGAUUUUGUAAUAUUCUCGUUACGGCAGCAUUUUCCUUUGCAGGAACAGAAUUAGUUGCACUAGCAGCUGCCGAGACCUAUAACCCAAGUAAAUCUCUACCAACAGCCAUUAAGCAGGUCUUUUGGCGUAUUGUCUUGUUCUACAUCCUAAGUAUAGCCAUCAUCGGCCUGCUCGUUCCUUACGACUCUCCCUCUCUCAUUUCCGCCUCAAAUGCCAGCACCAACAAAGCCUCUCCCUUCAUAAUCGCCAUUCAAUCAGCAGGUAUCACCGGUCUUGACUCAGUAAUGAACGUCGUAAUCCUAUUUGCCGUUCUCUCAGUCGCGAAUUCUUGUGUCUUCGGCUCUUCUCGUCUCCUUGCUUCUCUCGCAGCUCAAGGCCAAGCUCCUCGUCCGCUAGCUUAUAUUGAUCGAAAAGGCCGUCCCUUGGUCGCCAUUGCUAUCGCUUCCGCAUUUGGUCUCCUGGCUUAUCUGUACGUUUCUCCCGCUGGAAAUUCGGCAUUCACGUGGUUACUAGCUCUUUCGGGGCUCUCUUCGCUUUUUACUUGGGGUACCAUUUGUUAUUCGCACAUACGGUUUCGUAAAGCGUGGGCACAACAGGGCCACAGUAUUGAUUCUCUGAUCUACAAAUCCCCAGUUGGUACAAUUGGUUCGUGGAUUGGCCUCAUCAUGAUAGUGUUGGUUCUCAUAGCCCAGUUCUGGGUAGCGGUUGAUCCCAUCGGGAACGUACAUACGGAGAUUAAUACCAAGAUCAGUAGCUUUUUCGAAGCAUAUCUGGCAAUGCCAGUGGUAUUAAUCUUCUAUGCAGGGUACAAACUUUGGUAUAGAACGAGAUGGAUGAAGAUUGAAGAUAUUGAUUUGAGGACGGGAAGAAAUGAAGUGGAUGCGGGGAUGUUGUAUAGAGGAAGUAGGGGUUGGCAGAGGAAAGAAAUGGAGAUGGAGGAGUGGCCAAGGUGGAAGAGAAUUUAUAAGUUGCUUUGUUAAGGUUAGUCAGGCUAUUGAAAACAAUGGAGUUAAAGUCAGUGGAUCUGGAUGCUUGUGUAUUAUAUAAAGAGCUUGGGAGUGGUUUAUCAUUUCUCGAAUUUUGCAUUUAGUAUUUAUGGUACAAUCUUUCAUAUUGUUAGCCGAGACUAAUAAGAAAGCUUCUUUUCA